GAGGGUCUGGGUGCGAGACCGGACAAAAAUUCAAGAUGGCGUCCAAGGAGGUGUCAACACACUGGCACUGGAAUUGUGCAAGUUCUCUUUGUACCAAUAGCUGGCGUUCAAAAAUUCCAGGUCUGAAAUUUUACUAUCUUGAAGAGUUAAAGAAUAGAGAAGACUUGAGAUCUUCGUAUUUGAAAAUACUGAAAAAUGCUAACAUCAACUGGAAAAAAGCUGUGAUCUGCUCAGAGCAUUGGUCGAAUGGUGAACGAGGAAGUGUCGAUGAUCUUCCCGAUGUCAUAUGCACUCCUGCGUACCUAAGUAAGCUCAAGAAAUCAAAGAAGAAAACGAAACAAAGGAAAAGACGUCUAAAAGCUGCAGAGAAUUUCCUUGAGCAAAAAAAGGACGAUUUUUGUGCAACUAAAAAACCCGAAAGGAGUGCUUGGAAAGCACGCGUCCAAGCACGCGAACGCCAGGAGGGGGAAUCAACUUUAAAGGCAAAUGACUCAACAAUUGAGAACGCUCUCAAAGAACAACUUAAAAACAAAGAACAAGAGAUUGAAAAGUUAYGUAGUCAACUAGAAGCUCAUUUAGAGCAACAAAAGCGAGCCAACGCAAAGAUUGAUUAUCUUCUUGCAGAGUUGCAAAAAACCCAGUUUACUUAUGAUAACUUACACAAASAACCUAAUAAACUUUUUGAAUUAACUGGCCUUACAACCGUCGAAUUCGACUGUUUGUUUGAAUGUAUAGAGCCAUUUGUUUAUCUAGUACAGUAUCCAGAUUGUAAGAAUCAAGGCCUACGAAGACUGGAUAUGAAGACUGAGCUCAUGGUAUUUUUCACCAUAUGUAGGCAUGCUUUGCAUCUCAGCAUUGCAGCGUGGAUGACACAGACUAGUGAUGGCACAAUAUCAAGAAUAUUUACUGCUUGGGCUGUGUUCCUGUCAACUAUCUUUGAAUGUCUGGACCUUAGCCCUUUGCCUGGAUUCAUAGAGAAAUUUUUGCCUAAUGUAUUUAAAAGCACAGGUUUUGUUGAUACAGGGCUACUGGGGGAUGCUACUGAGACAUGGAUAGGACAGUCAGAGAAUUUUGAAGUCAACAAUAUCACAUUCAGUAACUACAAAAACCACACCACUGGUAAAACUUCAGUCUGGAUCUUCCCUCAUGGUGGUUUGUUGUGCUGCACCGAUACAUAUCCAGGAAGUAUAUCAGACCAUGAUAUCACUCAACAAAGUGGAGUCCUGGACACACUUAAUAAAGGAAAAGUAGUAUUAACAGACAAGGGUUUCGACAUAGCAGAAUUAUGCCAUUCUAAAGGACUAUUACAUAACAGACCACCAACGAAGUUUGAUGCUCAAUAUGAACAGGCAGAUGUAAGUGCAAACUUUGACAUUGCUACAUUAAGAAUCUACAAUGAGAACUAUAUUGGAAGAAUAAGAGACUGGUCCAUUCUGAAUAGCUGUUGGCCAAUGACCAGAAUUGACCUUCUUGGACUUUGUUUUAAAAUCUUUGCUCAUAUUGUAAAUAUGCUCAAGACUCCAGUUGGACCACAUUAACAAGUACAACUAAGUAUCUAGCUGUAACAUUUUUGUUACAUAUUUCAAAUUAUAUGAAAACAUUAUUCCGUCAUACAGCAGAUUCGGGUUGGGUGUUUAAUGGGCACCUGACAUGUUUGUUAUGACAGUUGAUCAAGAUCAAUCCCAUUUUUCAUGACAGACACUAAUUUCUCCCAAUAAUGCUGUCUACUGAGUAUAGCAUCAUCACAAACUUGCUUAGAAAUUUUGUCUGGUGCCUAUUAACUACUGUA